AUGAGUCAAUACACCACAAUUUCCGACGGCGUACUGAUCACCGACAAUGGGAUCCCACCGCCAGCCAACUGGGUCAACUCUUACGAGGAGAUGGGAGGGGAUAUGCUUUGGGCCCAGGGCGGUCAAAUUGAAGAUGAGGUACGCGGCCGUGGCAUUGACGGGGAUAUCAGGCCUCACUACGGAAUGGCACCCUACACGGGAGAAGCACUCUACCUCUUCGAGGUCGGCAGUGGCAAGUUCUUUUUCUACAAUGCCAUUGAUGGGACCAUGCUGCAGGUCAACGAUCCGAGUGACCUAAAAAGCAUUGUUGAUAUCCUUGACGACGAGAACAAGGGCCUACCCGCACUUGACAUUGAAGAAGUCUAG